GCUCUUGUUUGGAAUAUGAUAAAUAUUGACCUUCGCAUCAUCAGCGGCCUGUUAUCAGUCGCUGUUGAAAGGAUUUAAAGUCCACGAUUUGCUGGAGACGCUCAGUGUUCUGUGCACAAGCAAAGGCAAGAUGUCUAGAAACCAAGGGCCAGUGGGCAUCAUCGACCCAUCCCAACUCUUUCGUCCAGAGAAGGUGUACGACGGCAAACCCGUCGACGCUUUCCGCGACUACGCGAUCGACGACAGUGACCCCAUCAGGAGGCGUGUGCGGCUGACGUACUACGACAUGCAUACCAAUCAGACUGUCGACUUUGUCAAGAAGAAGAUGGACAAAUGGCUGAAAUUCAACACCUUCAAGUCAACCGUGAAAGAUGCUCUCAUCAAGCUGAAUGAACUCCUGGACGAGUCGGACCCUGACUCCGAUCUGCCGAACAUCGUGCACGCUUUCCAGACGGCCGAGCGAAUACGUCAAGAGCAUCCAGAUAAGGAGUGGAUGCAUCUUGUUGGACUGAUUCAUGACGUUGGCAAGGUCAUGGCGUUCUUCGGUGAGCCACAAUGGUGCGUGGUGGGCGACACCUUCCCCGUGGGCUGCAAGUGGGGUUCUACGAUUGUCUACGGAGAUGACAGCUUCAAGGACAACCCUGACACGUACAACCCUAAAUACAACACGGAGUGCGGUAUGUAUGAGCCGCAGUGCGGUCUGGAGAACCUGAUGAUGUCGUGGGGCCAUGAUGAGUACCUAUACCGGAUGCUUGUGCAUAACAAAUGCAAGUUCCCUAAAGACGGACUUUAUAUGAUCAGAUACCACUCGUUCUACCCGUGGCACGCUGGUGGUGACUAUCAACACUUGCUCAAAGAGACCGAUAAGGAGAUCAUGGAAGCUGUCCACGAGUUCAACAAAUACGACCUGUACACGAAAAGCGCCGGCGUACCGGACAUCGACGCCCUGUGGCCCUACUACGACAAGCUCAUCGAGAAAUACAUGCCCGGCGUCCUCGACUGGUAGUCCUGAUAAUGACAACCAGACUUUAGUGUAAAGCCGGGGUUACAAUAGAGCCACGCCGCGUGUCUCAACGUAAUCGGUUACAUACAUUUUGUGUGAACGUAGUUAGUGUAGUACUUUACAUUAGCUCAGUCCCGCGUGUCGCCGCGCGGACCUAUUAACCGAAUCAUAGAUUAAAUAUAACAAGAUCAUACAAUCCCAUACAUUAAAAUGCGACCGCCUAAGACCGCGCU